GCUACUUCCCGAGUGGCUUCACUGUCACCUGCUUGCCACACCAGGGCUGCGACAGUUUGAAGUGCGUCAACACCAGCACCGCGCAAACGUUUCAGAAUGAACGGCGCAAUCGGGACAUGGUAUACUCGCAUGUGCAGGGCUUGCAGAUGAACGCGGAGAACUGGUGCGGUUGCCAGAUGCACCCAGCGAAGAUGGCGAUGGUACCUCCACCGGUGUCCUCUGCCUUGAUGGCAAGGGA